UCGACUCUAAUAGUUUGUAUGUUUUUGUUGCAAAUAAUAAUUUAUUAGUUUUUGUUUUAAAUUGCAUACUAAUAGAUAAACAUGGAUAGUGCUGAUAAAAAACAUAAAAAGAAACCAACCAAGAUUGAGGAUAUGUCCAAAGAACAAAUACAACAAGCAAUACUCAAAAGACGUGAAUGCAACGCGAAAGCGCAAAGUAUCGUUGAAAGCCUUCUCGAAAAGGAUAUAACAGAAGAUUUUUUAUUGAAAUGCUUAAUCGAUAUUAACCAAAGCCAUUUCGAAGAUGUGGUGGAAGAGAGAGCUAUAAUUCGUCUUUGUGGAUACCCAUUAUGCCAACAAACACUCUCAGUGAAAGACAUACCAAAACAGACGUACCGAAUUUCAAUAAGAACCAAUAAAGUAUACGAUAUAACAACCAGGAAAAGAUUUUGUAGUAAUAUAUGCUAUAAAUCGGCAAUGUACAUUAAGAAACAGAUGUUGACGAGUCCACUGUGGUUCAGGGAAUAUGAGGAGAUACCAAGAUUUAAACUUUUACCUUUAGAAACUGUGGGGAGCUUAGGACAGGAAGUAGAUUUAGGUAUUGCUGAGAAAAUAGAUAUGAAGUUUGAAAACACAUCAUUUAUAUCAGUUAAUGAUUUUACAAGCACAAGUUACAGUGAGAUCAACCAUGCUAGUAAAGAUUUAUCAGCAAAUACUGUGAAUGUUAAUAGUGAUAAUACAAAGCCCACAUUAGAGAGUCAACACUCAAAAGAAUCUUUAGAUAUUAAAACACUUACUAAUAAUAAACAAUAUCAGCAACUUGGUCAAUCAAAGCUUUCAAACACCAAUGAGAAUAAAUGUAAAUUAAAAGAAAAGAAAUCUAUUCCUGAUCCAUGUAACAUUGUUGGAGAAAUUAUUGAAAAACCAGAGAAGAAAAUAGAUCCAAUACUCAUACAUGGUACUAUAAAUAAUGAUAAGGCUAAAUUGCAAUCAUCAGAUACCAAACAAAAUAUAAAAACUAAACCACCUUUGGUUACUGCAAUAGUAAUACAAGUGGAAAAAUGUUUGGCUGAAUGGUUCACUCUUGAUACAAUGCUAUUCAUAUUUGGUGAAGAAAAAGUAAAGCAAAUGGUCGCAGAAAAAGGUGAAUGUAUUGAGAAAUAUAUGAAUAAUUACGCUCAAAGUAUAUCGUACAAUGCCAACACAUAUGAUCAAUACCAAGAGCUGUGUCGUAAGCUGAACAUGUUAGAACUUGAAGAGAGACGUAACAGUGCUCAAACAUUGAAUAAAGAGAUGAAGCCAUUGCCGGACUAUAGGAUGUUAGAAGAAGAAAGUAAACGGUUACAGUUGAAAGUUAAAGCAUUCAUGAAAGGAGAGACAGAAAUACCAGAACCUAAAGAUACAAAUAUAGAAAAAACAGACGAUGAUGACUCUCCCAAUCUCCCAUUAGUUGAUAAGAAUGCACAAAAUGCACUACGGAGGCGUAUUGUGUGCCAACAUCUGAAUAAAGUCUUACCAGAUUUGCUUAAAUCGCUAGGAUUACUAACAUUGACGAUUAGUUCUGAUGUCAGAUUAUUAGUUAAUACAUUUAAAUUGAGAGCAAAUAAUAUAAUGUUUAAACCGAUGCAGUGGACUUUAAUAGCUAUUGUUUUCAUUAAGCUACUUUCACUUAGGAAUACAACUUUAGAAUGUUUAUUGGAACAACCAAUGGCAUUCAAUCAUAUGCAAUUACUUCUGUUGAGUUUCAAACAGGAUGGUGGUUAUUUGGAUAGAUUAAUAACAUGGUUAAUUGAUAUUGAGAGACUAUUAGAUAUUAAUGAUACCCAAUUAACAAAAGAAUAAGUUGAAAUUGAUAUCCUAGUUAUAAAAUUCAUGUAUAUUUAUAUAUUCAUAUAUAUUUGUAUAUAGUAUAAUAAUAAUAAUAUUGACACACUUUUUACACAAAUUAUCUUGCCCCAAAUUAGCCAUAUACAUAUAGCCUGUGUUAUGGGUUGCAAGACAAUGAUAUAUUUAAUACAAUAUACUUACUUAAAUAUACAUAAAUACAUAUAAACAUAUAUGACUCGGAAACAAA